AUGGAGCCCGAGUCAUGGGAAGUCCUCGUGCACACAAAGCAACUUGAAGAUGCUGCUAAGAUCCCAAUUGAAUGGCAAGUCCCGGAAGAACUGACCAACAUAUCUGAGACAUCUGGUAUGAAUGUGCUAGAUGUUCCACGCCGGUCAGGAAUCCUAUCAGCAAAACAACUCGAGAUAACUGAGAAAUAUGACGCAACUGACCUGCUGGAUAUGAUCCAUCGCCAAGAGCUGUCUGCCUAUGAGGUCACCGAAGCAUUUUGCAUUCGCGCUGCGAUUGCACAGCAAGUGACUCGAUGUCUUACUGAGACCUUUUUUGAGCGUGCCCUGCAGCGUGCAAAGAAUUUGGAUCACAUAUUAUCUAAAACAGGGACACUUGUCGGGCCUUUGCAUGGUUUGCCUAUCAGUUUCAAGGAUUGCUUUAAUAUCGCCGGGGUUGCAUCCACGAUUGGAUUUACCUCGUUUAUCAAAAAUGGCCCUCUUAGUUCAAAUUCCCCGGCAGUUCAGAUUUUGAUCAACUUGGGAGCAAUCCCGUAUGUGAAGACAAAUGUCCCCCAGACUAUGAUGGCUGCAGACUCACACAACUACGUAUUCGGCCGGACCCUCAACCCCCACCGAUCGAAUCUUACUGCUGGCGGGUCAACUGGGGGUGAAGGGGCAUUGAUUGCCAUGAGAGGAUCGGUACUUGGAGUUGGUACAGACAUUGCUGGCUCCAUUCGAAUCCCGGCUAUCUGCAAUGGAAUAUAUUCAUUGCGACCUUCAGCGGACCGCAUUCCAUACGGGGGACAGACUAGUUCUGCUCGCCGAGGUCUAGCUGGGAUCAAGGCCUGCGCAGGGCCCAUGGCGACAUCAGUCAGAGACCUGGAGCUGUUCAUGAGACUCGUGACCAAUACAGACCCAUGGAGAUUGGAUUCCUCUGCUGUGUUUUCUCCAUGGCGCACUGUUCCCCACAAGUUUACGUUGCGACUUGGCCUUAUCCUGGAGGAUCCAUAUUUCCCUCUACAUCCACCGGUUUUGCGAACUCUCACAAGAGCAACCGAAAAGCUUCAAGCAGUUGGGAAUGAGAUUGUUCCUCUAAAUACCUCGCUUAUUCGAGAUGCCUGCACGUUGGCAUUUCGUAUGUUCUCGAUGGAUCCAGCCAUGACUCCAUUCAAACACAUUGCUGCUAGUGGGGAACCAACUAUCCCUGCUUUGGCAUCAACAUCUCUGGACCAUGGCUACAUGCCAUAUGGGUAUGCCCCGCUGACACUUGAAGGGUUGUAUGACCUCAACGAGGAGCGGAAUCACCUUAAGGAAGAAUUCCGCAAUCUCAUUAUGGGGGCAAAUGUGGAUGCCAUUAUCAUGCCUGGCUACCAAGGUACCGCCCAACCUCACGACUUGUUUGGAUUUGUACCCUACACCGUCCUUUGGAAUGUGAUGGAUUACCCGAGCUGCAUCAUUCCGCAUGGUAAGGCGAAUAAGAGCGCUGACAAGGAUUUUAUUCGGGAUGUUAACUACAAGCCUCCUUAUGUGGCUGAUGAGAUUGAGGGAGCUCCGUGUUGCGUGCAGCUCGUCGGCAGAAACAUGCAUGAUGAGGAGUUGCUAAAAGUGGCAGAGCUUGUCUCCAAGGCACUGAAGAGUUGA